CUUGUGCUGAGAAGGGACCCGGGAGUGUCCGGGCCGAGAGCCCCUGCAGGCGCCGGGAUGGUGAGGGGGAAGGUCCCCGCGCGCUCCCCGAGCAGCCCCGCGGCUGAUUCCGGGCUUGUCAGGAAGCUCACUCGGAAGAAAAACAAGCAAAAACGGUUCUGGAAAAACAGAGCGAACGGAUUACACAGGAGGCCGCCAAGCGCCGACAGUGUUGUGGUGCGGCCGCCCAAGGCACCAGAAGAUUUUUCUCGAAACUGGAAGGCGCUGCUAGAGCUGCUGAAACAAAAAUCACAGGCUCCAGAGAAGCCUCUUGUUAUCUCUCAGAUGGUUUCCCAAAAGCAGUCUGAGAUUAUCCAGCAAAACAGAAAAGAAACCUCAGAUGACGUGGCGACAGAAGACCAAGAGGCUACCACAGGCUCUGUUCCUACAGGGUCCAAGAUAGACAGGAAGAUGCCAGCACCUGCUGUGAAGGCCAGUGGAGCAGCACAUGAUAUGAAGGGAGCCAAGAAAAGGGCAGAUAAUGACAUCGCUACAAAACGAGGGGGUAUCAAGCAUAAGAAGCGGAAAGCUAAGGAGGCAGCAGCCUCAGCCCCCACCCCACCCACUGAGGAAGACAUCUGGUUUGACGAUGUGGACCCAGUGGAUAUCGAAGCUGCCCUAGGCCCAGAGGCAGCCAAGAUAGCAAGAAGGCAGCUGGGUCAGAGCAAAAGCAGUGUCACGCUUGUGAAGGAGCAGGCCUUUGGCGGCCUGACCAAGGCCUUAGCCAUGGACUGUGAAAUGGUGGGCGUGGGCCCCAAGGGGGAGGAGAGCAUCGCUGCCCGUGUGUCCAUCGUGAACCAGUAUGGCAAAUGUGUCUAUGACAAGUACAUCAAGCCGACUGAGCCUGUGACAGACUAUAGGACAGCAGUCAGCGGGAUACUGCCCGAGAACCUCCGACAGGGGGAAGAAAUUGAAGUUGUUCAGAAAGAAGUGGCAGAAAUGCUGAAGGGCAGGAUUUUGGUUGGACAUGCACUGCAUAAUGACCUCAAGGUGCUGUUUCUGGAUCAUCCGAAAAAGAAGAUUCGGGACACACAGAAAUAUAAACCUUUUAAAAGUCAAGUGCAGAGCGGAAGGCCAUCCCUGAAGCUGCUUUCAGAGAAAAUCCUGGGGAUCAGGGUCCAGCAGGCAGAGCAUUGUUCAGUGUCUGGCUCAGUGGCUGGCAUGAAGGGCUCAGUGAUGGGGGCUGGUUCUGGGUGGCCCAUGGUCAUGUUGGCACCUGCUGGUUUAGUUGCUCUGUGUCACCCAGGUUCAGGAUGCCCAGACGGCCAUGAGACUCUACGCCAUGGUGAAGAAGGAGUGGGAGAGCUUGGCACGAGGUAGACACCCUGCAGGGGUGGCUCCCGACAGCCGCAGUGAUGCUGCCUGACAGACUCGGCCCUGCCACUGCACCUUCUGCUGUCCUGCAGUAGCACCUUGGUCCUAAGGCCACCUGACCAAGGCACGAGUGCAUCACGUCUCUCCCAAAGCAGCAGCUGUGGCAGGGCAUGGCAUGCAUGCUACUGAGAACUUCUUCCUGUUGACUUGUGGUCUAAGAGGCCUUCUUGCCAUGUGUAUUGGGGAGCAGGAUGGCAGGGAUGUAGCAGGGAAGAAAGUUGGAAGCAGCCCGGCAACCCCACCAUCUGCUGAGUACCCGAGUAGAAUGGGACGUGUGGGCUGUCGGCCUGCUUGGUGCUGGACUCUGAUGGACUCUGGUGGGACUCACCCUGGGUCCAAAGGCAGAAAGCAUCGUGGGUGCUCAGCACCUUCCUUGAAGGAGGCCCUUUUUCCUCCCUCGUCUUGGGUGAUCUGAGACAAAGCCAGCGUUUGCUGGACCUGAAGGACGCAGGCUAGUGUCUGCUCCUGAGGAGCAGCUGGCUGGUACAGCAGCUGCUCACUGGAUAAUUUCCUAUGGCCAUUUGGACUGUCAGAGAGGCUCCUGGGGCUGGGGCUCCCUUCUCCCAUUUAUCUGAGUUGGCCCCAGCAUUAGCUGGUAGGUGAGGACUAGCAAGAACUUCUCUCACAGCAUGUGACAUGAGGCACCUCAGUCACUUGGACUUUAUUUCUGGAGGUUGGUGGACAUGCUGCCCUUGGGCUUUGUAAGCUGGGAGCCAAGUGAGUGCCUCUGGGCAGCUUGCAGCCUUUUUUGCAGGUUUGAGGCUCUGUCUGGGGCCUGGAGUCCAGCACAAGUGCAUAAAGCUGCCCAAUGGCCAUACACACAAUGCCAGCCCACUGGGGUGCUGUUGAACAUAAACACAGAUGCACUUUG